AACCGACAGGCGCUGCUUGCAACGACGAAGUAAACAUAUACCAAUGACGGCACGAAAACAUUUCGAGAGUGAUAUGUGGUUAGUAGCUACUGGUGAUUAAUCUGGUCUGACCUGUUGAAGAUGGAUAUAGGGAUGGAUUCUCAAGGAAGUGUGACUGCUGAAGUCACGCCAGAGGGCGUCACAAAUGAUGUUCCAAAAACAGACUCAACGGAUGUGAAAGAUGAACUGUUUUGUGGACCUAAAAAGAAUGACCCAACAAAAGACUGUGCACUAAUGGAGAACAUGCAAGAGGAUUCAGCAUCUCAGACAUCAGUGGAUUGUGGUUCUGCAAGUGGGCUGGAUCCACCUGAUCUUGGAGGCAGCGGAAGUGACACAGCUCUUACAGACUGUUAUAAUGGGCCGAUAUCUAAAAGGUCAUCUUCACCUGGUUGCCACCCUGUUGAAACAACCUGUGUUGCUGCACACUCUUCAAAUCCCAAACUCACACUGUGUCUUAGUGAUAGUCCCAGGAAGGGUGUCAGUACACCGACCAGUGAUGUGGAGAUGCUGAGUCCAGACAACCCCAUUUGUAAAACAGUGGUCGUCAACAGCUCUGCAGACAAUGAUCACGAUGGCAGUGCUGGUGCAGAGAACUCUCCGCAGUUUGUCAAACACUCUGAUUCUGAAGAAAAAGUCCAAUUGGUUGUCAUGGAAAAUGAGGAUACUGAGAAAGCUGAGGACAGUGGCUCAUCUGAUAUGAGCCAGGAGUUGAUCGGAAGCCAGUCAGAUGCACCUUUUGAAAGGAUUUCAUUCGCAUUGCAUGACAUGGACAAACGAUGGCUGGGGACACCCAUAGAGGAGCUAAACAGAAUGCCUCAGUGUGCCCCCCCUCUGACUCAACUGAAAGUAAUGCAUAGCCACACUGUCACAAUCAGAACAAAUCUCCUCAGAGAGGGUGAGGUCCCCGUUUCAUUUCCCAGCAAGUUCAAAGAUGCCUGGGACGACGUGUCCGUGAAGAUGCCUUGCUCAGAGAAGAAUCUGUUUCCUAUGGAGACUGAGGGUGGAGGUGGAGUCCAAAGUCGAUGGGAGCUGAUCAACACUUCCUUGCAGGGAGGGUUCAAAAGUUCCCUGGAUUUGAGGGAUGCUAUAUUAAGAUACAACAUAGCCCAUGCAAAGAAAUGGGACUUCACUGCCCUGAACCUUUUUUGCACAGAGUAUCUUGAGCCGCCAGAGUUGCAGUUGCUGUUUGAUGAUGUACUACCAGCUAUGGCCAACCUAGCACUCAGUGCUCCUGUCCUCUGCACAAUGCCAAUUCCUCUCCUGAAGUCAAAGAUGAAUCACUCCCUUACGCUGUCUCAGGAGCAAAUAGCCUGUCUUCUGGCCAAUGCCUUCUUCUGCACAUUCCCCCGACGCAACUCCCGCAAGUCGGAGUACUGCAAUUAUCCCGAGAUCAACUUCUACAGGUUAUUUGAAGGUUCUUCACCAAGAAAAAUGGAGAAAUUGAAAACUCUGCUGUGUUACUUCAGGAGAGUUACACAGACCAAGCCCAAGGGUCUUGUUACAUUCACAAGACAAACACUGAACACUCCUCCAACCUGGGAAAAUUCCCAGACUCUGCUAAAGCGACUACACAUCACCUGUGAAGGGACGAUUGAGGAUGAUGGAUACGGGAUGCUGCAGGUGGACUUUGCAAACCGGUUUGUUGGUGGGGGAGUAACAGGACAUGGACUGGUCCAGGAAGAGAUCCGGUUCCUCAUCAACCCUGAACUCAUUGUCUCCCGCCUCUUUACUGAAGCUUUGGAAUACAAUGAAUGCCUCAUCGUCACAGGUACUGAGCAGUACAGUCAAUAUGCCGGCUACGCUGAGAGUUACAGAUGGAAGGACAGCCACACGGAUGAGAUUGCCAGGGAUGACUGGCAGAGAAGAUGUACGGAGAUUGUGGCCAUUGAUGCUCUUCGAUAUCGGCACUUCCUUGAGCAGUUUCUCCCUGAGAAGAUGACCAGAGAACUCAACAAGGCAUACUGUGGAUUCUACAGAAACAAUGCCAACAGCAAGCACCUCUCUGCAGUAGCCACAGGCAACUGGGGCUGUGGGGCUUUUGGUGGAGACACCCGGCUCAAAGCACUAAUUCAGUUGAUGGCUGCAGCGGAGGCUGGAAGAGACGUGGCCUACUACACAUUUGGAGAUGCUCAGCUUAUGAGGGAUGUUCAUGAAAUACACACUUUCCUCACCAAGAGACAAGUCACCGUCGGGCGGCUGUACUACCUCCUGAACCAGUACUCGAGUUUGAUGUGCAGGAAUUGCCAGACGAUGCGACCUGACGUCAAUCUCUACAGUUUCAUCUUCGAGAAAGUCUCUACCCCUGCAGCCGCCGAUGCCCCAGACUCUAAGGAUUCUGGGAUGUCCCCUCUAACAUCAGACUCUCACUAAUACGGAUAGAGCUGCAACUUAGCCUCCCCUCCUCCUCCUCCUCUCUCUUCAUGUGAAAGAGACUCCAGGUUCUGAAAGCCUCAAUGUGCGCUCGGCCUUGUGCUUACAAUCACUUUUUCUCUCACACAUAUUCCCUUUAAGUUUGUGAUCCCAACACAAACUACUAAACACACAGUUUUGCCUUUCUCGUUGGUGGUGUUAUAGGAGCCUCGUCGUAUGUCACUGACAUGUGGUGACGUGUUUCAGAGACUUAUAGCAAUAGUAAAUCCUGGUUGCUGUUCGGCCUUUCUUUAGUCUAAAUGUGAUGUGGAAUCGUUUAGUUUUUACACCAAUUACAAAUAUUGCCAAAUAUUCAUCAUAUGCAUGGCUGUGGAUCCUUCAUUUUUAUCAAUCAAGGACACGACGAUCAUCCCUAGUUUUCAUGUCUUAUAUUGUGUUUGCUUUUUGUUUUGGAUGAGUUGUCUUCUCUAUUUGCCGUACUCGGGCUGUGGAGAUGUUCCUGAAUGCAGAGAUGAUCAGAUGCCAUAAUGUCGUCUAUGCAUGAGUAACAUUUAUUCAUCAAAUAUUCUACAAACACACUACUCUUUUAUAUCCACCUAGAUGUAGAUGUUUAAUUUGCAUAUUGUCCUUAUUUUAAUAUUAGUCAAAACUAACUGUAAAAUGUCACCAGUAUGAGAAUCAUCUCAGAUGAAACGGAUGCAUUUGAUUUAUCCUGAUUUACAUCUUAUAACCUUUGAUUAUAAAAGUAACCUCAUCAUUUUCAAAUAUAUUCACUGCUAAGCACAGUAAUGCUACUGUACUGUAUAUACAAAUAUAUAUGGUAAGCAGAUAAAUAAAUAAUUGCACGUAAAAUGUUAUUUUUGUUUAUGUUUUUCCUCAUCAUUUACUUUUGUGAUAUUUUUGAUUAUUUUCUGAUUGCCAGUAUGGGUUUUAUUUAAUGAUGGGAUCAGAAAUCAAAUUAAAAGCUGUAAAUGUCUUGCAUAGUACUGUACUUUAGUUUUUUAAGUUGUACUCUUUAUUAUAAUUUCUGAAAUUAAAGUAUAUCCUGUUAAAAUUG